AUGCCUAACAACUAGUAAUACUAAAGUCCUUAGAGUUCUUAAUUGCCUGUCUAAAGUUACAAGUACUUAGAAGUUGUGCGUGAAGAGGAUGCUGAAGAUGAGAAACCAACUCAUAUUUUUAGUGAGAAUUUAACGGAAAGUCAAACAAGUAAGUAUAAUCCUUAUAUUAUAUUUUUAAGGAAUGCUUACUGCUUAUACAACUCCUAUGAAGAAUAUAAAACGUAAUGGAGGUAAUUCUUCAUCCUCUGGAAGAAGUCCCUUUUAAGAACUCUAAAAAUCAAGUUCUAAUUAAGUAAUUCAAAUUAAAAAAUCAUUAGAAAAUUAUAACCACUCUAACACCAAAUAAAAAUUCAGUUUUGAAGAUCAGAUGA